UUCCUGCCCCCUCCCCCGCCCGCGGCCUGGGAAAAGGCAGCAUAUUGAGGCGCAGGGCUCCCAGCACCCGGCCCCGGGAUGCUAAUGCGGGCGAGCGCGUUCCCACAGCCCGGACAUUGUGCGGCGCGGCCCACCUGCUCCUCGGGGAGCGUCCAUUGUACCGGCGCCAAUUCACGGGCAAUUUAGCGUGCGCUAAUGGGCCGGCGCCUUUGUGCGGCCCGCGCCGCCAUUGGCCGCUGAGUGUGGGAACGGCCGCGGCGCCCCGGCCCCAGGCGCCCGGCCGCCGCCCGCGCCUAUAUAGGGCCGGGCCCGGGGUCCGAGCCAAGCCCGGGACGCGCCUGGCCCCUCUGCCUGCGCCCGCCGCUCGCGCCCGGCAUGGCCCCCAGCACCGUGGCCGUGGAGCUGCUGAGCCCCAAGGAGAAGAACCGACUGCGGAAGCCGGUGGUGGAGAAGAUGCGCCGCGACCGCAUCAACAGCAGCAUCGAGCAGCUGAAGCUGCUACUGGAGCAGGAGUUCGCGCGGCACCAGCCUAACUCCAAGCUGGAGAAGGCCGACAUCCUGGAAAUGGCUGUCAGCUACCUGAAGCACAGCAAGGGUGAGCGGUCCCGGCCCCGCGCACCCCGCGCCUCGGCCCCGUGCGCCCCUGCGCCCCGCGCCUCCCCGCGCUCCGGGACCACGCACCCCCGACCACGCACCCCCGCGCCCCGCGUCCCGGCCCCGCGCACCUCGCGCCUCCCCGCGCUCCGGGACCACGCACCCCCGCGCCUCCCCGCGUCCCGGCUCCGAGCACCCCGCGUCGUCCUGCUUUCCGAACCCCACGCUUGGCGCCCCGGCCCACUCUCCCACUCGCGUCUCCCUGCAGCCUUCGCCGCCGGCCCCAAGAGCCUGCACCAGGACUACAGCGAGGGCUACUCGUGGUGCCUGCAGGAGGCCGUGCAGUUCCUGACGCUGCACUCCGCCAGCGACACGCACCUGAAGCUGCUGUACCACUUCCAGCGGCCCGCCGCCACACCCACCACCCCCGCGUCGCCCGCCACCCCCGCCGCCGAGUCCAAGGCGCCGGGCGCCGCGUCCCCGGCCGCGCUGCCCUCGGCCAAGGCCGGCGCGCGCCAGCCCCCCGGCGGCCUCUGGCGGCCCUGGUGA